UUGUGACGGAUUAGCAGUAUGUAGUUCGAAGAACGUGGCCAUAUACAGCUCUAGUGAUGCUCCAGUUCAAAGCUCCUUCGCCGAAAUCAAUUAUUGUCCGAACACCUGAUGGUCCCCGUAACAUAUCCACAGUGUACAUACAGACAAACUAUGCCAGCGGCACUACUGUUCAGCAGCUGUAGCUGGAUUGCUCCCUUCGUUCCCGCGCAUGUGUUGCUUCUCCAUCUCAGGCUGUGUCUGUGGAGCGAGAUGGCUCGAGAUGGGGCGGAGUCACACUUUCUGACUGACAAUCCAAGUAUCGACUGUGUUUACAGACAGAUAUAUAGAAAAACCUCACUAUGUUAUGUCAUUAAGCCUAAGAUGGUUGGGUAAACUACCGCUGGCGAGGACGAUGAGGACGGCGGGAUGUUGACUGUUUAUUAUAUUUUCUUCUUACCUUUUUACCUAGCAGUAAUUGGUACAAUUAUACUUAGUGCUUUCGUAUUUUUGAAAUCUCUGUUGGGACCCAAAGAGAUUUUACCCAAACUGUAUUACAAGGACUCAACUCUUGCCACUCAUAUACUACGGAAAUGCUCUCUAGCAACCAGGAUGUUUUCCGUGGAAUUACUUUUAAGGAAUCGUCAUUUACAGACGUUGUUACCAUGGAUACUGCCCCAUGCGAGUGUCCAAUUUGACAGGGAAUAUUUACUGCUGAAAGACAAAGGUGUCGUAGCCCUUGACUGGGUAAGUAACAUCCACGUGCAAAAACGGAAGCGGAAAACCGUCAUGGUUGUUAUUCCAGGUAUAACCGGAUGUGCGGUUAGUGUGUCUAAAAUUUGUCAGGCGGCAGCCAAACGUGGUUUUCAGACUGUGGUAUUUAAUCGCAGAGGACACGGUGGAACAGUGUUAACGACACCGAAAUUCCAAAGUUAUGGAGAUCCCUCCGAUUUACGGCAAGUGGUGAAGUAUAUACACGGCCGGUUUCCGAAGGCACUCAUCACCAUGGUAUCGUACGGAACCGGAUGUGAGGUUUUGCUAUCAUAUCUUGGCGAAUUUGGAUCGUCGGCACACAUAUGCGGUGGAGUUUGCGUGUCACCAUCAUUUGACAUUUCGGAGCGAUCCAAGCAGAAGAUAAGUGGAAUAUACGAUCUAUUUUUAUUACUAUAUUUAAAGAAAAUAUUAUGGCAGCAUGCCAAAGCUCUUUUAAAAGUUGUGGACGUACAGAAAGCAUUGAAGACUUGGUCUCUAACGGAGUACGAUCAGUGUGUUUCCUGCAAGAUGCAUGGCUACAACAGUAUUGAGGAAUUCUGGGAAAGAAACAAUCCCCUCAGAGACGUAGAUGACAUAUCAAUACCACUAAUGUUCGUAAGUAGUCUCGACGACCCUGUGUACAAAAACAACAACAUUCCGUACGAUUUAUUUAAAUUCUAUCCUAACUUCCUGAUGGUCGCCACAGAAAGGGGAGGCCACUGUGGAUUCCUGGAAAACCUAAGGUCUUUAUCCUGGGCCGAUAGCUUAACUUUGGAUUACUUGGACGCCAUUUUGGAAUUUACGACAAAGGGAUUUACGAUAGAUUAUCAUAAAAGUCCUGCAAGGUCUACGAUAUGACAGCUUAGAAGUUCAUUAUAUAUUUAUAUCGUUUUUCCAAUACUUUGCAUUUUCCACCAUUUUUGCUCAAAUGUCUACAAUGUAUGAGCGUUGAUAUGUAUGAUUGUGCCUGUUUGUCCGUUAUUCUGUAAGUAAGGCUUGUCGAGCGUUUUGGGGAUGUAGAUCCGAUUGUCUGUCCUGCAAAUAGCAAAUACUGUAUAUAAUCGAAUGACAUUUUAACACAGUGCGUCAGGUUCACAAGUUUUAAUUAUUCUAUAUAGUAUAUACACAAUGACGCAGCGAUCUCUACUCGCCUACACACAUAAUUACCUUUAUAUAUCAUAGAAAAAAAAAUUGAUUCAAUAUUGAAUAACUGCUACAAUUGUACAAUGGUAUCACCAUCACACUGCACCCAACACAGUAUGACGCUAUAACGACGGAAACAAUUCUAAUCACAAACCGGAACAAUGCACGUCUCCGGAUCUGUAGAGUCGACGAAAUGUUACAAAAGCUCAUGAGAGUUUUUAUAUAGGUAACGCUAUUUGCUAUGGAAUGAUAAUCAUGACAAUUGGUCCCCAGAUAAAUUGGUCUAGUGGGCAGAUGUCCCUAACGACGCAUUCGUUUGUAUUGAACGGAUCGUAUCAGUGUAAUAUGAGAGUAUUUGUUUCGAGUGGGUGCAACUGUCAAUAAAUGACUGUUUACUGUUAUAUGAAUGACGUUGUCAUAUUAUUUUUUUUUUAGUGAAUAUCAUUAUUAAGAUGGAAUUUUUACAGUUAUAUGAUAGUCGAUGACGAAUUAUUUAUAUUGAGUUAUUUAACCUACAAUUUUAAUUUUUUUUGAGAGGAUAUUUUAAAUGUAUGAGCGUUAAAAUACAUAUUAUUCUGCAGAGGGUUUAUCAAAAACCUCUUCAAUCUUUCACGAAUACACAUUUUUGUGAUUUUCGGUCCAACGGUCUAACCUGUUUAGCUGUGAUCAGUUUUUUUUGUGGUAGAUUAACGAAAAAACGCCUGGUUCGUGUUGACUAUAGUUCAACAUUCUUAUUCAAUCGUGCGGUGUAAUUGUGUUGGACGGAAAUUGUGUGUUCCUUGUAUUUGUGUUGGACCGAAGUUAUGUGUUCCUUGUAUUUGUGUUGGACAGAAGUUAUGGGUUCCUUGUAUUUGUGUUGGACAGAAGUUGUGUGUUCCUUGUAUUUGUGUUGGACAGAAUUUAUGGGUUCCUUGUUUUUGUGUUGGACAGAAGUUAUGGGUUCCUUGCAUUUGUGUUGGACAGGAGUUGUGUGUUCCUUGUAUUUGUGUUGGACAGAAGUUGUGUGUUCCUUGUAUUUGUGUUGGACAGAAGUUAUGAGUUCCUUGUAUUUGUGUUGGACAGAAUUUAUGGGUUCCGUGUUUUUGUGUUGGACAGAAGUUGUGUGUUCCUUGUAUUUGUGUUGGACAAAAGCUAUGUGUUCCUUGUAUUUGUGUUGGACCGAAGUUAUGUGUUCCUUGUAUUUGUGUUGGACAGAAGUUGUGUGCUCCUUGUAUUUGUGUUUGACAGAAGUUAUGAGUUCCCUGCAUUUGUGUUGGACAGAAUUGAUUGGUUCCUUGUUUUUGUGUUGGACAGAAGUUGUGUGUUCCUUGUAUUUGUGUUGGACAGAAGUUAUGAGUUCCUUGUAUUUGUGUUGGACAGAAUUUAUGGGUUCCUUGUUUUUGUGUUGGACAGAAGUUAUGGGUUCCUUGUAUUUGUGUUGGACAGAAGUUGUGUGUUCCUUGUAUUUGUGUUGGACAGAAGUUGUGUGUUCCUUGUAUUUGUGUUGGACAGAAGUUAUGAGUUCCUUGUAUUUGUGUUGGACAGAAUUUAUGGGUUCCUUGUUUUUGUGUUGGACAGAAGUUGUGUGUUCCUUGUAUUUGUGUUGGACAGAAGCUAUGUGUUCCUUGUAUUUGUGUUGGACAGAAGAUAUGGGUUCCUUGUAUUUGUGUUGGACAGAAGUUAUGUGUUCCUUGUAUUUGUGUUGGACAGAAGAUAUGGGUUCCUUGUUUUUGUGUUGGACAGAAGUUGUGUGUUCCUUUUAUUUGUGUUGGACAGAAGCUAUGUGAAUUUUGUAUUCGUGGUGGACAGAAGUUAUGUGUUCUUUGUAUUUGUGUUGGACAGAAUUUAUGUGUUCCUUGUUUUUGUGUUGGACAGAAGCUAUGAGUUCCUUGUAUUUUUGUUAGACGGAAGUUAUGUGAUCCUUGCAUUUUUGUUGGACAGAAGUAUUUUUCCGUGUUUUUAAGUUGGACGGAAUGUAUUGCUUCCUUUUAUUUGAGUUGGACGGUAGGAACGAAAUGGUUCGUUGUGUUGGUGGAAGAAGUAACCGAUCGCUCGUUAUAAUUGUGUUGGACGGAAGGUUGAUGUAUUUUUACAAUGCAUGCAUAUUGAAUACUAGGACAGUAUAUUAUUAAUGAUAUCCGCUAGAAACAUACCGACUUUCUGAUCUCAUUGUCGUAGCUAAGGCUGUUACUUACUAUAGGAGAGAGGAUUAGUUUGUGUGAAUAUCAGAUACAACACCAUAGGACCACCUGAGAUUAUACAAAAGACAGAACACAGAAAUAGAUUUUAUCGAUUGUUUUUAGAAAUGAUUAAGAAAUUACAUGUAUAUC